AUGGUUUACCUUCCACCUGCAAUUCCGGGAGAUCGCCUUACGACAUAUCUUGUCACAGAACUUACAAACGACGAGCUGAAAGUUAUCAAGUCAGCUUUUGAACUUGGUGCUUGUUCCAAAUUUUCACCCCUACUCGAACUCAAGAUCGUGCGCGCACCUGAAGACUAUUGGGGAAAGUCUCACCAAUACAUCCGCACCAAAGAAAAUGAAGCUGGCAGAGAAGAGGCCUUCACUGUUAUCGAUGAUGAAGCAAAGGAAAGAGGCGCUAUUUGGUACAUUGAUCAAUUCGCCGACGAAGAACAGGUUGAGGAUGGCGAGGCUGAAAGUACCGAUGCUGUCUUCAAGAUCUUGAUCCAGACUGAAGCCCUGGCUCUGGCUCAGGUCAACUACGCCAUCGCCAAUUCUAGUAUCGGAGAGGACCUCGAUAAUUGUGCUGUGGAUUCACCCCUCACAAACGACUUCCAUCAGCCGGAUCUACAUGAUUGUGGUGGAUUCGACUGGGUCGAGCAGCAAAAAUUUCAGGAUGCAUGGGUCACGGCGGAGCCUGGGGAAUACGAGGAAAGCACCGAUGAUGAGCGUCGCAAUAACUUCAUGCCUCGUCCUGACAAGGUGGCAAGACUCAAAGAGGAUGUGGCUCAGAGCGUUGGACUGGUCAGCUCCUGGUCGAUUCCCAGCGAAGCCAGGUCUAUUGAGUAUGAGGAUGGGACGAAGAAAGAGUUCCCCCCGGGGAGUGUUGUACUGCAGCAGAGAUACGAUCCCGAAUUUCCCUGGCCAGAGUAUCAGUGGCCAGAGGGGUCUUUGUAG